UUGUGCAGCGGGAAUGAAUUACAGAAUGUAGCUCUAUCUAGCGGUAGAAUGAUGAAACUUCACGAAAUAUAUAUCACGCAACAAUUGUACGAUUUGAAAAACAAGAUCUUAAGAAAACAGUUCGUCUCCUCUCUAACAGUAUCUGAUCGACCAUACUUGGCGGGACGAGUAAAAUAUUUGACAUUCGUGUCCAACCAGCAGGCCGCAUUUUCAUCGAGACGGCGCUUGUCAAGUAUCUUAAAACCAGGAGGUCUCAUCGGAGUCGAGAAAGAUUGUUUUACAAGAGGGGGAAAAUCAUCAAUGAGCGGUUCAGUGAGAAGGAAGAGGAGUUGGCAGCGGCCGCGUACAGUCUGCCAGCAGGGGAGAGAGAGAGAGAGAGAGAGAGAGAGAGCGACGAAAGGAAACGUAUCUAAGCUGGGUAUCUCAGGCGAGAGCAGAAAGAAGACGGAGAGCCAAGUGGCGAAGAGUAAAGAAGCGGAGAGAAGUAGCAGCCGCAUAUCAGCUGGACAACAGGUGCCGAAGGCGGCCAGUGAGCAAGCGGCGUCAGACUGUAGAACGAGGCACGUGAAGGAAGGAAGGAAGGAAGGAAGGAAG